UACUCUUCUUCUUCUUUCUUCCCGCUGCAGCCACUCGAAAGAAAAAAAAGGGGAACCCAGCCAUGCCUUGGAAAAUUGGUAAGGAAGCUUGGUAUUUUCCCCUUCCUUUCUUGUUCUAGAACCCAUAAAGAACCCAGAAAUUUCCCCUCCCUCUCUGCAGAAACCGGAUUUGCUCUGCUUUGCUCUAUCCGCCGGCUGCUCCUGCUUUGUGGGGGCGAAUUUCUCUGAUUUUGGUCGGCUUCUCUCCCCCUGCACUGCCGUCGGCUUCUCUCCCCCUGCAGCUCCGGUUUCUACAGCUGGAGAAUUAUGGUAUGUGGCAGCUUCUCUAAGUGCAAGUUUAGCCAUUUAAUUGCUGCCCUUUGUGUCUGAAAUUCUGGUUUAAUUAGGGGAGGAAAUUGAUAGUAAUUAGACCAUGAUUUAGCUUGAUUCAAGUGGAAUUUAUAUGAUUGAGUGUUAAUGGACUGCUAUGUGAUUUUUGGAAGAAAAUCCCGUGAGAUUAGUUAGUGUUUUGGCCAAUUUGUGGGAGUGGAGUUACUGUUCAUGUCGGGGUCACUGUUCACCGGUUACUAUUCACACCCCGAGGGCCAACAAUUAACGGGGAUUUAAGUGAUUAGUUUGUGAUAUGAGAACGAAUUUGGAGAUGUCCGAUCAUGUGGAAAAUGAUAGAAAUAGCAUUGUGAUUAGGAAUGAUCCUAAUGAUGAUUUCAGCUUGAAUUUGUGAUAGUAUGGUAUUGAUUCUCGGAUUUUUGAUUAGGUUCCCGAUCGUUCUGUCAGUUAGUACGUGAAUUGAGUGCUCGGUUUUAUGCAAGUGAGGAAGUGAAACUUAGGACGGGGAAACCACGGGAAGUGACAAGUUAGAAAGCUAGCCAUUUCGAGUUUGAUAUAGAUUGUCAAUAGAAAUCAUGAUCUUGUAAGCUAGAGUGUACUUGGAGAUUUUAUGAUAUCAGAGUAAAUUUUAGAGUGUGAUAUGAUAAGUUCCAAGCCUUGUGCAUUUGUGGGACCCGUCUCACGAGUGCACGACGUUUGUCGCAUCCCUGGAUUUGGGUUCUGGGGCAUGACAGAGCUAUUGUGGAAAAGCCACCCCAUGAUUCAAGGACUAUAAACAUGGUUGGACAAUAUCAUCCUUCAUUAUGCUUCAAAACUGUUGGAAGAAAAUUGGUGAAAGCAAUUUCGACUUGGUGCUUUUGAAGGGUGCAUAUAGAAUAAAGCUUUUGUGAUCUCUCUUUUUAUGAAUAACAAGGCAUUACCCUU